AUGUUUAAAAGUUUUUCCUACACACUGCUGCCGGAAAAGCAGCAUCUGCAGAUCCCUCCUGGAGGAGCCCCUUCACCAGCCCAGUCUGGUCCAGCUGUCCCCAGACUGUCCCCAGCCCAGCUCAGUCCCACUGUCCCCAUCCCCUGUCCCCACUGUCCCCAGACUGUCCCCAGCCCAGCUCAGUCCUGCUGUCCCCAUCCUGGGGCUAUUCCAGCUGUCCCCAUCCCCUGUCCCCAGCCCAGCUCAGUCCCACUGUCCCCAUCCCUUGUCCCCAGCUGUCCCCUGUCUCCAGCCCGAGCUAGCCCAGCUGUCCCCUGA